AUGGACGCCAUCAAGAAGAAGAUGCAGAUGCUCAAGCUCGACAAGGAAAAUGCCAUGGACCGGGCAGAGCAGGCGGAGGCCGACAAGAAGGGAGCCGAGGACAAGAGCAAGCAGCUUGAGGACGAGCUAGUAGCCCUGCAGAAGAAGCUGAAGGGUACCGAGGACGAGUUGGACAAGUACUCGGAGUCCUUGAAAGAUGCACAGGAGAAGUUGGAGCUGGCAGAGAAGAAGGCCACUGAUGCUGAGAGUGAUGUAGCCUCCCUGAACAGGCGUAUCCAGCUGGUUGAGGAAGAGUUGGAUCGUGCUCAGGAGCGUCUAGCCACAGCCCUACAAAAGCUGGAGGAGGCUGAAAAGGCUGCUGAUGAGAGUGAGAGAGGAAUGAAGGUCAUUGAAAACAGGGCCUUAAAAGAUGAAGAAAAGAUGGAACUGCAAGAAAUUCAACUUAAAGAGGCAAAACACAUUGCUGAAGAGGCUGACAGAAAAUAUGAAGAGGUUGCACGUAAACUCGUAAUUAUUGAGGGUGAUCUGGAGCGUGCGGAAGAAAGGGCAGAACUCUCUGAAGGCAAAUGUGCUGAACUUGAAGAAGAAUUGAAAACUGUGACCAACAACCUGAAGUCACUGGAGGCUCAGGCUGAAAAGUACUCCCAGAAGGAAGACAAGUAUGAGGAGGAAAUUAAGGUCCUGACCGACAAACUUAAGGAGGCUGAGACCCGUGCUGAGUUUGCGGAGAGGACGGUAGCCAAACUGGAAAAGAGCAUUGAUGACUUGGAAGAUGAGUUGUAUGCUCAGAAGCUGAAGUACAAAGCAAUCAGCGAGGAGCUGGACCAUGCUCUCAACGAUAUGACUUCAAUAUAA